AUGAAGUGCGUGAUCGCGGGGGCUCAUCUGAGAGUGUUUGGAAGAGCAAUACAUGCCAUGGCACGGAUUAGUGAUGAGUUUUGGUUUGACCCCAUAGAAAAAGGUCUUGCCUUAAGAUCAGUGAAUUCUUCAAGGUCAGCAUAUGCAUGUAUCUUCUUCUCAUCUAUGUUUUUCCAACACUACUGCUGGACAGCUGUCUCUCAGCCAUGUCAGAAGGAAAAACAGUUAUCCCUCCCAUGUAAAUUGAUAAUUAAGUCAGUUCUUCCUGUGUUCAGAUGUGCAAAUGUGCUGGAAAGGAACGUAGAGAAAUGCAGCAUUUAUACCAAUAUCACUGAUCAUCACCUAACUUUUCAGCUUCUCUGCAGGCACGGUGUUGUAAAAACAUAUAAUCUGACCUUUCAGGAGUGUGAUCCCUUGCAGGCUGUUUUUGCAAAGCACAUGUGUCCAAACAUCCUUAAAGUUCACUCCAGGCUGCUGGCUGACAUCAUGAUUCACUUCCCCACCAGUCAAGAAGAAAUAACCUUGUCAGUUACUCCAGUGAAAGUUUGUUUCAAGAGUUACACCGAGGAAGACACUGAUUUUUCAAAGACAAUGCUUACUGAAAUACAAUUAAACCCAGAUGAAUUUGACUACUUUCAAGUUGGAGUAGAUUCUGAAGUGACAUUUUGCCUUAAAGAAUUGAGGGGACUGCUGGCAUUUUCAGAAGUGACCAGUCUUCCUGUCUCAAUCCAUUUUGACGUGUCUGGAAGACCCAUUGCCUUCAGCGUGGAGGACAUGGUGCUGGAAGCCAGCUUUAUCCUGGCUACCUUGUCUGAGGUUGAAAAGACCACAGCUUCCCAGCAGCCUCCCAGCUUCUCCCAGCCACAGGAAAGCCCACGACUCUGCAUUGCCGUUUCUUACUUCUGUAACCAUUGCCUUUUCCAGUUUCAUUCCUUAUUUUUUGGAGCAGUUUCUUGUGAGGAGAAGGAUGCCAUGAGUCACACCUUCCAUAGUUUAGCAACAGCUAGUGACACCGAGGAGGAUUUUGGCAACUUGCAGAGCUCCCAGGUUUUCUAG